AACAAUACCGAUAUGAUUUCAGUAUGAAGCUGUUGUAUGUUUUGGCGUUACUGGCGCUUUCUGUCUGCGUCUCUGCCAGGACUACAAUGAGACAGAACUCCUCACCAAUCUCGCCACAGAUAACAUCCCUCAAUGACAAGGAUGCUCGUGAAAAGGCAAGAGUUCAUCCAGCAUUCGCAAAUGCAGGCCAAAGAGCUGGUGUGGAAAUCUGGAGAAUCAAUAACUUCGAACCAGUGGCCGUGCCACAGAGUGAGUUUGGGAAGUUCUACAAAGGAGAUUCGUACAUUGUUUUAAAGACAACAUCGGAUAAACGCAACAAUCUUUCGUGGGAUAUACAUUACUGGAUCGGAAGCGAAUCCUCCCAAGACGAAGCUGGCGCGGCCGCCAUUCUGACAGUUGGUCUUGAUGACAAGUUCGACGGGAAAGCUGUUCAGCAUCGGGAGAGCAUGGGACACGAGAGCCAGCAGUUCUUGGGAUAUUUCUCAUCAGCCAUCCGAUACAUGGACGGCGGUAACGCAUCUGGCUUCAAGCAUGUCACCACGAACCCUGGUGCGGAAAAGAGACUGUUUCAGGUGAAGGGAAAGAGGAACAUUAGAGUGAGACAGGUGGACCCUCUUAUCUCAUCAAUGAACAAAGGAGAUUGCUUCAUCCUUGACAUCGGGAACGAGAUCCUCGUUUACGUCGGAGAUAAGGCGAAGAACGUCGAGAAGCUGAAGGCAAUCUCAAUGGCUAAUCAGAUCAGGGACCAGGAUCAUAACGGAAGAGGAAAAGUCGAAAUUAUUGAUAAAUAUUCAAGUGAUGUGGAUAUCGAGAGGUUCUUCACAACCCUUGGAUCUGGCAGCAAGAAUAUAGUGCCCGAAGACAGUGCUGGCGGUGACGACCAGACCUUCGAAAAGAGUGAAGAAGACUCGGUGACCUUGUACGAGGUUUCAGACAAGUCUGGCUCGCUGAAGGUGACACCUCUCAGCAAACCGUACACCCAGGAGCAACUCAAGCCUCAAGAGAGCUACAUAUUAGACACAGUUAGUGGCAGCAUCUAUGUCUGGGUGGGAAAGCAGGCGACACCUAAGGAAAAAUCUGAAGCUAUGUCUAAAGCGCAACAGUUUCUAAGUUCAAAGAACUAUCCAUCCUGGGUUCAUGUCGCUAAAAUUCCUCAAGGAACCGAGCCGGCAACAUUCAAGCAAUACUUCACGACCUGGCGUGACGUUGGCAUGUCGCAUUCAAGACUCGUACGAUCAGCUGGCAACUAAUAAAAAAAAAUAAAACUCCCGCCAUUUUAGUUUCUAGCAUGCUCCGUAGUCUCUGGUAUUUUGUUAUUUAAUGCGUUGCUUAACUACCAUAAAAUGUGGCAGUAAAAAUACUCGUUAUACCAAAAAGUUUGUUACAAAAAAUUUUGUAAUAUCAUUUUGAUUUCAUCCCGCUAUUUUAGUUUCUAUCAUGCUCUGUAGUCUAUGGUAUUUUGUUAUAAUACUUCGCUUAAGUACUAUUAACUGUGGCAGAAAAAAUACUCGUUAAACCUAAAUUAGUUUCUAUAUAUGCUCAGCAGUCUAUGGUUUUUGUUAUAAUGCGUCACUUAACUAACUUAAAUUGGGGCAGUAAAAUACUCGUUACACCAAAAAGUUUGUAAUAAUAAAAAUAAAUAUGUUGAUUUCAUGCCGCCAUUUUAGUUUCUACCAUGCACUCUAUGUUAUGUUGUUAUGCGUCGUUGGCAUAAAGGUCUCGUUACCAGGCCAUAAAAUAUUGUCUAAAAAUAUGCGUUGUAUAACUUCCAAAUACUGUGGUAGUAAAAUACUCGUUAAACUAAAAAGAUUGUAAUAAAUAAAUAAAGUUUUAUUUUGAUA